AUGCAGUGUCUUCAUGCUCCAACCAGAGCCCAGGUUGAUAAAGCACAUGUCCAGAGAAAAUGGGUGGAUACAGGGAUCCCCAGCUGGCGAAAUCGGCAUUGGGUGAGUAACAAGGACGUUAUUUUGUGGUGGAUUCUGGUAUGGAGUUCCGCUCCUUUACAUCUACUGUAAGUUGAUGUUGGCGGUGGGAGAAUAAGGAGUCCUAGGAUUCCAACUAACAGAGCUGCAGCUAUAACUCAUCGGUGUUUUUAGAGGUACCUACCUGCACAAGAAUACGACGUUGCUUUCGUUUCUCAAGAGCAUGCUUUGAGACUUGCGGCUAACGACAUUGGUGGCGGCCUAACGAGUAUGACAUGGUAG